AUGCCUAAAAAAUUGCGACAAAAACCAAAAAUAUGUUAUAGAUCGACAACAGUAUAUUGGUUGUGUUCAAAGAAUCUCACUACAAGCAUAACCAGUAUAAUGUUGUUGUUCAGACCUUUAGUGGGAAUUCGGAUGAAUUCCCUGACAGUAAAGGGGGCUUAUAAUUCUCUGGUCCUUCCAAACCCUGCAUAUAGAAAAUUCUCUGUUACUAGUUAUUACCUCAAUAAGAAUUUGAUUGACUCAAGAAACCACGAAAAGGAAGUUGUAUCUCAACAUGCAAGACAAGAAAUUCCAGCUGAAAUCUUCGAGAAGAAACAGGUCAUAUCAAGACGUAUCCCUGGCGAAACCCCGCAAGAGAAUGACUUGAAAUCUCGAUUUCCAGCAUCUCUACACUUUGAAAAAGAAGCGGUUCCAACAUUGUUACCACGUCCUGGAGUUCCUGCACCGAACAAAUAUCCAUUAGCACGGUUAUACGACGCUUUGACUAAGAAGACGGAACCAGAAUUGAUCUAUGAAGCGGAGCCACAUAAGCUGUACUUUGUUUUCUGUUAUGCGUUUGCUUUGUUAUUUAUGAUUUAUGGUUUGAAUGCAUUCCAUAUUGGAUCAGGACUCGCAUGGGACAUGUACGAAAAUAACGACCUAAAGCUAGCAGAGACACAGAAGAAGAUACAGCUGGUGAUGCAUCUAGGUAUAGUCACCGUAUUAUCGGCGAUGCCAUUUCUAGCAGGUAUCGCCUUUUUGUUUGUUCCGUCAAGAUUGGUAAGAAGAAUAUGGUAUCUGCCACCUGUUUCAUCAACUGGUAAAAUGAGACCGGAUGGUCAAGCUUUUGUCAAGUUUACUACCCAUCCUCUACUACCUAACCGGCCAACACCGGUUUACACAUUUCCAUUGGGCGAAUUACAGAAGAGUAUAACUGCCAAAAUUUACAGUGGUAAGGGCUUUUAUGGUACAAACGAUUCCUCGUUCUUCUUUUUUCUGAAAGAAAAAGGUAAAAGGAUUCCAUUCGUUGUCGAUAGAAAAGGUUUUUUUUGGGGAGAUGGUCGUGUUUUUGAUCUCUUAUUCAGUGACGAUCCAAUUGAGAAGGUUGAAAAUGCCAAAAAGAUUGACGAUAUAUAUGGUGAUAUGAUUCGAGAAAGGAAACAUAAGGAACAUGAAUUAAAGAAAGAAUUAGGUUUUGGUUGGAGGACAAAGGCGAGUGCCAAGUUGAUGAAGGAGGAUAUCCAAAAAUUAAGACAGUUGGUUUCUAACAAAAAUGUACCUACAGUCAAAAAUGAGGAGAAAGAGGACACUCAAAUCAAUAAAAAAUCGUAG